AUGAGCGCUCAGUCGUACUAUGAGCUCUACCGCGGUAGCAGUCUCGGGCUUUCGCUCACAGAUACGCUCGAUGAUCUGAUCAACGAUGGCCGUAUCGAGCCGCAACUGGCGAUGAAGAUCUUGUCGAACUACGACCGUGUCGUAACCGAGGUUUUGGCCGAGAAGGUGCGGGCUAGAUUGACGUUCAAGGGCCACUUGGAUACCUACCGUUUCUGCGACGAAGUCUGGACGUUCCUGAUCAAGGACGUUACUUUCAAGCUCGAUACUCAGCAAACCGUCCAAGCCGACAGGGUCAAGAUCAAACCAUCCAGCAUGCCUCGCUCACUCCCCUGGCUCACAAACACUAGCACUAAACCCGAAAAACAUUCAAACCAAGACAGCGCCUCCCCAACACCUCGCGCGCGCCGCGCCAGCCCUCCGCGCACUCCGCGUCGCGGGAAUGGGAACAACGACGACCAAGCAGCAGCAGCCUGGGAGACUCCCAGGCAUAUUGACGUGUUGAGAUCGUCGCGAAGUCCUCCGACCUCCCCGAUCCAAGCUAUCCCCGCCGAAGAAUAUAUAAUAGAAGGCUUCGACAAUGACGACAUGUACAUCAUGGUCGAAGACGAAUUCUACGCAGUCGCGCAGCUCUUCACCCGACACCUACACCAGGCCGAAUACGUACGGCGCAAAAAGGAAGCCAAGAAGCAAAGCGCCUUGGUUAUCAACAACCUCUCGCGGCCAACGGAUGGACACACGGCGAUGCGGAGGGAGACGCUGAAACGCAAAGAAUCUGAGCGUCUGCAAGAACUACAACAGAGCGCGCUGGUUUCACCGCGGCCGCGACCGGGUACGGAAUCAGACCCAGACGCAGAAGAGGAGGAUGUUGAUGAUCUCGAUGAAGAUCGUAGGGAUGAUCCGUGGUACGGCACGUCGCUGCAUACGCUCAUGACGAGUCCGCGGAAACACAGGUCGCUGGUUGGUCUGGAUGCUAUUCGUUCAAAUACGAGGGCUGCUGCUGGAUACCGACCGGAAGUCGCGAGACAGCAACGAAUACAAUCGGUUGUUAGUAGAGAUACGCCUGCUGCUGUUUCUGUGGCUUCUGUUUCUGCUGCCACUGCGAAUCCAGUCGGGGCAGCUUCGUCGGAAGAUGAUGACGAUGAUGAUGACGAUUUGGAAAUUAUCGAGUCUAGAUCAUCGCGGCCGGUCACAUUGCCUCAAUCUAGCGUUCGUACGAGACCGCCGGUCAUAAAGGCAGAGUCUCCGGAAGCUGACAUCAAGCCAUCAAUACGUCAACACACUACAUCAGAUGGACAUGUUUCUUCUACACACUCCAGACAAGAACAAUCCGAACGCUACCAGCCUCGGCAAUCUAAGCAGCCAGACAGAAGCGCCACAUCACCAUCUCGUAAUGUCCUGCUAGGUUCUCAAGCAAACAGCCUUCGGGCAAGGAAAAGAGCACUCAUCGACGACCUAGACGACGUUGCCGUAAAGGAGGAAGACCAAGAAGAAAAAGUAUCAAUUGUGGAUAUAAUACAGGGCCAGCCUCGAAAGUCAUUAUCCAGCGCAGCUCAUCACCAGAAUGAGAGCACGGCAAAAAAAUCCCGUCUAAAUAACGUUCCAACAUUUCUAGUGUGA